AAAAAAAAUAAGAAAAGAUAAAUAGAAACAUGACUAGGAGGAUGGAUGGUAAUGUAGAUACAAAAAGUAUAUGGAGUGAGCGAAAGCCUGCCAGGAUAGAAAGGAUAGUUUUUGCGAAGCAGGACAGAAGGUGUGAAAGGGGCAUGCAGGGCUAAUGAGCGAUUGAGAGGAAUAGACAGAUGACUGCAGGAUUAUUCUCUGGUUAAUCUGAUUUUCUCUCCACCUCGCUCUCUCUCUGCUCCCUUCUCCUGCACCGAAAACGUCUGGAUCUCUGUUCAUCGCUAACCCUAGGUCCCACCCCUGCUGGGGUAACAAAAAGGGGUUCCUGGCUCCCUUUUCCUUGCCCUUCCAGUCAGGAUGGUUCUCAUGAAGGCCAAACUCACUUUCCAAAAACGUGUAAAGCUUGCACAAACCCUAUGGCUACUCUCCUGGCUCAGCGUUUUGGUAGGUUGCCUAACCUUUGGAAUGGGGAUCUUCCUAAAGGUGCAACUUUGGAUACACAAUGAAGUGAUGGAUAACACAGCAGCACACGCUGUCCCCAAUACAGUAAUAACAGCUGGCCUGGUAGCUAUCCUGCUCAGUCUCUUUGUGGGAAAAAUCAGCCAGGACUCACUGGAUAUGACCAAGUACCCACGCUGGAAGCCCUUCAUGACUGCCUAUUUCAUUAUCGCUGUCCUGAGCUGCUCAGUCUGUUUAGCUGCUCUAGUUCUUAGUGUGGCAAUGAGAGGAAGCCUAGAGGAGUCACUGAAGAUUGGGCUUCGGAAUGGUAUAAGAUUCUAUAAGGACACAGACACCCCUGGCCGUUGCUACCAGAAGCGGACCAUAGACAAGCUACAAAUGGACUUCCAGUGCUGUGGGAACAACCAUUACAAGGAUUGGUUCGAGGUACAGUGGAUCAGCAAUCGAUACCUGGAUUUUAGCUCCAAGGAAGUGAAAGAGUGAGUCCCGAUUUCACUAUGCAAACAAGCUAUAUAAUGUUUCUCCUAAUAGGAGAAAAAAAAAUGAAUGUACGAAUAAGUAUAUGAUAAAAAAAAUUAACCCCUUAAGGACACAUGACAUGUGUGACAUGUCAUGAUUCCCUUUUAUUCCAGAAGUAUAAAAAUAUGACUGGGGAUUUAUUCACUAAAUAGGACGUUGUGGUGAGUAAACCUCUAAUUUUGUAAAAUGUAGGACAAAAUAGGAAAAAUUAUCGUACUCUGAAUUUGGCCUCACGUUUGCAUCAUAGUUAAUAACUGUUUAAAAAUAACAAUUAUAAUAAUUUGAAAGAAAAUAACAACCCUAUGAUUAAACGUGAAAUUUGAAAACCCUUUGAGAUUGGAAUGUUAAAAUCUGUCUUUUGAAAUUAAAGUUUUAAACCAUGCUGUAUACCAGAUGGUAUGCAGCAAUGGGAUUGUAUACAAAGAAUCAUAUGUCAUAUUGGUUCCAUGUACUUCUCUUCAUUCUGGUGUUCAAAGCAUUCGAAAGUAUGCUGGUAAUCAUAAAAUAAGCACCUAAAACAUAACAUAUGUGAUUACUUUAGAUAAUGUCAGGCAUGUGUUGUUUACUAAAGUAGGGAGGGUCUACUGUCCUUUAUAUUCUUCAGGAGGCAGCAAUAUAGUAUUUGCAGAGGGAAUACUGUAGAAUAUAUGUUAAAGGAAAAACUGGAUAUACAUGUUCAAGGAAAAUAAAAGAUAUACAUUUGAUAUAACUUUGCUACAUAUUAUUGUGAAAUUAAUACAUUUACAUUAAAAUGACUCUAUAGGCACCCAGCUGAUUCAAGUAGUCUGGACACUCUAUCCCUGUCCCCUUAACCCUGCAGUGUUAAUUAUUGCAGUUUCUGAGAAACUGCAAUAAUUACAUUGCAGGGUUAAGACUGCUUCUAGUGGCUGUCAAUCAGAGAGCCAGUAGAGCCACUUCCUGGUGGUUAGGUGACUUUUAGUCACCUAACUAACGCUGGAUGUCCUCACGAUCUGCAUGAGGCCAUGCAGCGUCAGUCAAAUCCCCAUAGGGAAACAUUGCAGCAAUGGGAAGGGCCUAAUGCACUUUUGGCGCUUGCACAUUAGUGCCCCCAGCAUCAAGGGAGAUCAGCACUGUAAUCAGGUUAGUGCAGUAAGGGUUAUUAACCCUUACACUGAUAAGAAGGGGGUUAAAUAUAGUGCUAGUAAUACAGGUUUGCUAUGUGGGGGCUGCCCAGCGGCGUCGCUAAGGGGGGCCAGAGGGGGCCAUGGCCCCCCUUACAUCAUGCUGUGCCCCCCUUGGGCCCCCCAAAUGCCAGCAACAUGUUCUUACAUUCUAUGUGAAGCCCCACCUCCCACACAUAAGCCCCGCCCUGCCGUUAAGCAGCAGACCAUGCUGCUGCUGGAAAGGCAAGAAGAUGGCUGUCUGACCCCAGCAACAGGUAGGCUUGAUAUGCUCAGGUGUGUGUGUGUGUCUGUGUGUGUCUGUCUAUCUGCUAGUGAGGAAGCUUGUGUGUGUCUGUGUGUGUGUGUGUAUGGACUCAGCAGUCUGUCUGUGUGUAUGGACUUAGCACUGUGUAUGUAUGGACUCAGCAGUCUGUAUGUGUGUAUGGACUCAGCACUGUGUGUGUAUGGACUCAGCAGUCUGUAUGUGUGUAUCAACUCAGCAGUGUGUGUGUAUGGACUCAGCAGUCUGUCUGUGUGUAUGGACUCAGCACUGUGUGUGUAUGGACUCAGCACUGUAUGUGCAUGGACUCAGCAGUCUGUAUGUGUGUAUGAACUCAGCAGUGUGUGUGUGUAUGAACUCAGCAGUGUAUGUGUAUGGACCCAGCAGUCUGUCUGUGUGUAUGGACUCAGCACUGUGUGUGUAUGGACUCAACUUGAGGGUAAUGUGUAUGGACCAACAGUCUGUCUGUGUAUUAUGGACUCAGCACUGUGUGUAUGGAUUAGCAGAUCUGUAUGUGUGUAUCAACUCAGCAGUGUGUGUGUAUGGACUCAGAUGUCUGUCUGUGUAUGGACUCAGCUCUGUGUAUGGACUCAGCAGUCUGUAUGUGUGUAUGAACUCAGCAGUGUGUGUGUAUGGACUCAGCAGUCUGUCUGUGUGUAUGGACUCAGCACUGUGUAUGGACUCAGCAGUGUGUUUGUAUGGACUCAGCAGUCUAUGUGUGUAUGGACUCAGCACUGUGUGUAUGGACUCAUCAGUCUGUAUGUGUGUAUGAAUUCAGCAGUGUCUGUGUAUGGACUCAGCAGUCUGUCUGUGUGUAUGAACUCAGCACUGUGUGUAUAUGGACUCAGCAGUCUGUGUGUAUGAACUCAGCACUGUGUGUGUAUGGACUCAGCAGUGUGUGUGUAUGAACUCAGCAGUGUGUGUGUACGAACUCAGCAGUGUGUGUGUAUUGACUCCGCAGUCUGUGUGUAUGGACUCAGCAGUCUGUGUGUAUGGACUCAGCAGUCGGAAUGUGUGUAUGGACUCAGCAGUCUGUGUGUAUGGACUCAGCAGUCUGUGUGUAUGGACUCAGCAGUGUGUGUGUAUGGACUCAGCAGUCUGUGUGUAUGGACUCAGCAGUCUGUGUGUAUGGACUCAGCAGUCUAUCUGUGUGUAUGGACUUAGCAGUCUGUUUGUGUGUAUGGACUCAGCAGUCUGUAUGUGUGUAUGGACUCAGCAGUCUGUGUGUAUGGACUCACCAGUCUAUCUGUGUGUAUGGACUUAGCAGUCUGUAAGUGUGUAUGGACUCAGCAGUCUGUAUAUGUGUAUGAACUCAGCAGUGUGUGUGAAUGGACUCAGCAGUCUGUCUGUGUGUAUGGACUCAGCAGUCUGUAUGUGUGUAUGGACUCAGCAGUAUGUGUGUAUGGACUCAGCAGUGUGUGUGUGUGUGUGUGUGUGUGUGUGGACUCAGCAGUCUCUGUGUGUGUGUAAAGACUCAGCAGUGUGUGUGUAUGGACUCAGCAGUGUGUGUGUAUGGACUCAGCAGUCUGUGUGUGUGUGUGUGUGUGUGUGUAUGUUGACUCAACAGUCUGUGUGUGUGUUUGGACUCAGCAGUCUCUCUGUGUGUAUGGACUCAGCAGUCUGUAUGUGUGUGUAUAUGGACUCAGCAGUCUGUCUGUGUGUGUAUGGACUCAGCAGUCUGUCUGUGUGUAUGGACUCAGCAGUCUGUGUGUAUGGACUCAGCAGUCUGAAUGUGUGUAUGGGCUCAGCAGUGUGUGUGUAUGGACUCAGCAGUCUGUAUGUGUGUAUGGACUCCGCAGUGUAUGUGAAUGGACUCAGCAGUCUGUCUAUGUGUAUGGACUCGGCAGUCUAUCUGUGUGUAUGGACUUAGCAGUUUGUAUGUGUGUAUGGACUAAGCAGUCUGUAUGUGUGUAUGAACUCAGCAGUGUGUGUGAAUGGACUCAGCAGUCUGUCUGUGUGUAUGGACUCAGCAGUCUAUAUGUGUGUAUGGACUCAGCAGUCUGUAUGUGUGUAUGGAUUCAGCAGUCUGUGUGUAUGGACUCAGCAGUCUGUGUGUGUGUAUGAACUCAGCACUGUGUGUAUAUGGACUCAGCAGUCUGUCUGUGUGUAUGAACUCAGCACUGUGUGUGUAUGUACUCAGCAGGGUGUGUGUACGAACUCAGCAGUGUGUGUGUAUUGACUCAGCAGUCUGUGUGUAUGGACUCAGCAGUCUGUGUGUAUGGACUCAGCAGUCGGAAUGUGUGUAUGGACUCAGCAGUGUGUGUGUAUGGACUCAGCAGUCUGUGUGUAUGGACUCAGCAGUAUAUGUGUAUGGACUCAGCAGUCUGUGUGUAUGGACUCAGCAGUCUAUCUGUGUGUAUGGACAACCCCUGUUUGUGUAUGGACUCAAUUGUGGUCUGUAUGUGUGUGGGCUCAGCGGUGUGUGUGUAUGGACUCAGCGGUCUGUAUGUGUGUAUGGACUCAUGGUGUAUGUAGAUGGACUCAGCAGUCUGUGUGUAUGGACUGUAGUCUGUCUAUGUGUAUGGACUCGGCAGUCUAUCUGUGUGUAUGGACUUGCUUGGUUGUAUGUGUGUAUGGACUAAGCAGUCUGUAUGUGUGUAUGGACUCAUCAGUCUGUAUGUGUGUAUGAAUUCAGCAGUGUCUGUGUAUGGACUCAGCAGUCUGUCUGUGUGUAUGAACUCAGCACUGUGUGUAUAUGGACUCAGCAGUCUGUGUGUAUGAACUCAGCACUGUGUGUGUAUGGACUCAGCAGUGUGUGUAUAUGGACUCAGCAGUCUGUGUGUACGAACUCAGCACUGUGUGUGUAUGGACUCAGCAGUGUGUGUGUAUGAACUCAGCAGUGUGUGUGUACGAACUCAGCAGUGUGUGUGUAUUGACUCAGCAGUCUGUGUGUAUGGACUCAGCAGUCUGUGUGUAUGGACUCAGCAGUCGGAAUGUGUGUAUGGACUCAGCAGUGUGUGUGUAUGGACUCAGCAGUCUGUGUGUAUGGACUCAGCAAUAUAUGUGUAUGGACUCAGCAGUCUGUGUGUAUGGACUCAGCAGUCUAUCUGUGUGUAUUGACUUAGCAGUCUGUUUGUGUGUAUGGACUCAGCAGUCUGUAUGUGUGUAUGGACUCAGCAGUCUGUGUGUAUGGACUCACCAGUCUAUCUGUGUGUAUGGACUUAGCAGUCUGUAAGUGUGUAUGGACUCAGCAGUCUGUAUAUGUGUAUGAACUCAGCAGUGUGUGUGAAUGGACUCAGCAGUCUGUCUGUGUGUAUGGACUCAGCAGUCUGUAUGUGUGUAUGGACUCAGCAGUAUGUGUGUAUGGACUCAGCAGUGUGUGUGUGUGUGUGUGUGUGUGUGUGGACUCAGCAGUCUCUGUGUGUGUGUAAAGACUCAGCAGUGUGUGUGUAUGGACUCAGCAGUGUGUGUGUAUGGACUCAGCAGUCUGUGUGUGUGUGUGUGUGUGUGUGUAUGUUGACUCAACAGUCUGUGUGUGUGUUUGGACUCAGCAGUCUCUCUGUGUGUAUGGACUCAGCAGUCUGUAUGUGUGUGUAUAUGGACUCAGCAGUCUGUCUGUGUGUGUAUGGACUCAGCAGUCUGUCUGUGUGUAUGGACUCAGCAGUCUGUGUGUAUGGACUCAGCAGUCUGAAUGUGUGUAUGGGCUCAGCAGUGUGUGUGUAUGGACUCAGCAGUCUGUAUGUGUGUAUGGACUCCGCAGUGUAUGUGAAUGGACUCAGCAGUCUGUGUGUAUGGACUCAGCAGUCUGUCUAUGUGUAUGGACUCGGCAGUCUAUCUGUGUGUAUGGACUUAGCAGUUUGUAUGUGUGUAUGGACUAAGCAGUCUGUAUGUGUGUAUGAACUCAGCAGUGUGUGUGAAUGGACUCAGCAGUCUGUCUGUGUGUAUGGACUCAGCAGUCUAUAUGUGUGUAUGGACUCAGCAGUCUGUAUGUGUAUGGAUUCAGCGUGUGUGUGCUUGGACUCAGCAGUCUCUGUGUGUGUGUAAAGACUCAGCAGUGUGUGUGUAUGGACUCAGCAGUCUGUGUGUGUGUGUGUGUGUGUGUAUGUUGACUCCAGCAGUCUCUGUGUGUGUUUGGACUCAGCAGUCUCUCUCUGUGUGUGUAUGGACUCAGCAGUCUGUAUGUGUGUGUAUAUGGACUCAGCAGUCUGUCUGUGUGUAUGGACUCAGCAGUCAUCUGUGUGUAUGGACUCAGCAGUGUGUGUAUGGACUCCAGCAGUCUGAAUGUGUGUAUGGGCUCAGCAGUCUGUGUGUAUGGACUCAGCAGUCUGUGUGUAUGGACUCAGCAGUUGGAAUGUGUGUAUGGACUCAGCAGUGUGUGUGUACGAACUCAGCAGUGUGUGUGUAUUGACUCAGCAGUCUGUGUGUAUGGACUCAGCAGUCUGUGUGUAUGGACUCAGCAGUCUGUAUGUGUGUAUGAACUCAGCAGUGUGUGUGAAUGGACUCAGCAGUCUGUCUGUGUGUAUGGACUCAGCAGUCUAUAUGUGUGUAUGGACUCAGCAGUCUGUAUGUGUGUAUGGAUUCAGCAGUCUGUGUGUAUGGACUCAGCAGUCUGUGUGUAUGUGUGUGUGGACUCAGAGGUCUGUGUGUGUGUGUGGACUCAGCAGUGUGUGUGUGUGGACUCAGAGGUCUGUUUGUGUGUAUGGACUCAGCAGUGUGUGUGUAUGGACUCAGCAGUCUGUGUGUAUGUGUGUAUGGACUCAGCAGUCUGUGUUUGUGUGUGUGUAUGUGUGUAUGGACUCAGCAGUCUGUGUGUGUGGACUCAGAGGUCUGUGUGUGUGUAUGAACUCAGCAGUGUGCGUGUAUGGACUCUUCAGUCUGUGUGUGUGUGUGUGUAUGGACUCAGCAGUCUCUGUGUUUGUGUGUAUGUUGACUCAACAGUCUGUGUGUGUGUGUGUGUGUUUGGACUCAGCAGUCUCUCUGUGUGUAUGGACUCAGCAGUGUGUGUAUGAAUUCAGCAGUGUGUGUGUAUGGACUCAGCAGUCUGUAUGUGUGUAUGAACUCAGCAGUGUGUGUGUAUGGACUCAGCAGUCUGUCUGUGUGUAUGGACUCAGCAGUCUGUAUGUGUGUAUGGACUCAGCAGUCUGUGUGUAUGGACUCGGCAGUCUAUCUGUGUGUAUGGACUUAGCAGUCUGUAAGUGUGUAUGGACUCAGCACUGUGUGUGUAUGGACUCAGCAGUCUGUAUGUGUGUAUGACUCAGCAGUGUGUGUAUGGACUCAGCACUGUGUGUAUGACUCAGCAGUCUGUAUGUGUGUAUGAACUCAGCAGUGUGUGUGAAUGGACUCAGCAGUCUGUGUGUAUGGACUCAGCAGUCUGUCUGUGUGUAUGGACUCAGCAGUCUGUGUUUGUGUGUGUGUGUGUAUGGACUCAGCAGUCUGUGUGUUUGUGUGUAUGUGGACUCAGCAGUCUGUGUGUGUGUGUAUGGACUCAGCAGUCUGUGUGUGUGUGUGUGUGUAUGGACUCAGCAGUCUGUGUCUGUGUGUGUAUGGACUCAGCAGUCUGUGUCUGUGUUUGUAUGGACUCAGCAGUCUGUGUGUGUGUAAGGACUCAGCAGUCUCUCUGUGUGUGUGUGUGUGUAUGGACUCAGCAGUCUGUGUGUGUGUGUGUGUGUAUGGACUCAGCAGUCUUUGUGUUUGUGUGUGUAUGGACUCAGCAGUCUGUAUGAAUUCAGCAGUCUGUGUGUAUGAAUUCAGCAGUCUGUGUAUGGACUCAGAAGCCUGUGUGUGUGUGUGUGUGGACUCAGCAGUCUAUGUGUCUGUGUUUGUAUGGACUCAGCAGUCUGUGUGUCUGUGUGUGUGUGUAUGGCCAGCAGUCUGUGUGUCUCUGUGUGUGAGGACUCAGCAGUCUGUGUGUGUGUGUAUGGACAGUAUCAAGGGAAAUGUGUUUGUUUUUUAAUAAUCCUUGGUGGAAAAUAAUGAAUUCUCCACCAGGGAUUAUUAAAAAAAAAACAAAAAACACAUUGUGUCGGGGAUGGGGCUUAACAUGCGGCAGGGGCGGGGUCAAAUGUGCCCCCCUACUUUAGUCCCUGGCCCACCAUGUGCCCCCCUAAAAAUGAAUCCUAGAGACGCCACUGGGGCUGCCAUCUUUAGCCUCUUUUAUCAUAAGCACAGUAUAUCUGCUAAGACAUAAUUUGAAAGUCUGAAACCAUCCCAGAGUGCGUUUUUGGGAUGCCCAGCGCUUGGGAGGGAUAUCAGGUUUUGGUUGGUUAAACAGAGCUUCUAACCAAAGAGGACUUAUGUUGCUUGCCACAUAGAGAAACGGUAAGCCUUUAGAUGCACUAAAAUUAGGUCUUUAUUUCUAUAUAAACAAUAUAAAAUAAUACACGCAGAGGGUAUAAUACAUUAUUUUAUGUUAAAGGAACACUAUAGUACACAUUUGUAUUCCUGACCCUAUAGUGCUAAAAAAAACUAUUAAGCCCCUUUUCCCCCUUUAAAUAUAGUAAAAACUCACCUUAUUUCCAGCGCAAGCUCCGUCCUUCAGAAAAGAGCAUCCAAUCAUUUUCCCAUAGAAAAUCAUUGGAUUGGCUCAAAUAGUCAAUUCUGAUGAACUCUCAGCCAAGGAAGUGGGGUGGGGUCAGAGCCAAAUGCCAUGCUGGCCAUUCAGUAUCUCCUCAUAGAGAUGAAUUGAAUCAAAACAUCUCUAUGGGGAAAGUUAAACAUCUCCAUGCAUCUCUAAUGGCUGCCUGUGGAGUGGCCACUAGAGGUGUUUCUAGGCUGUAGUGUAAACACUGCUUCUUCUCUAAAUGAGCUGUAGUUGUCCUGGUGAGUGCAGUGUCCCUUUAACUCUCAGUGAUACUCAGUUCUUUUUUUUUCUCACUGAUGGUGUGCCAGGCUCACCCUACCGAGCUACAAUGAUGACAUCAUAUAUCACCUACUACUGUCUGAAAGUGGCAAGAGAUACGCUGUUUUAAAACAGCAUUGUCUAGUUUCAGGGCUGGUGGAAACUAAAAUUAUUGCCAAAAAUGUGCUUAUGUUGGGGGAGAGUCUACUCUACACAGUACUAGCCAGAGAAGGUGACAUCAGUAGGCAUGGUAUCCAUCUAAUGUGAUCGCAAAUAUUUAUACAAAAAUGUUCAUAGUGUGUAUAAUAUUAAUUAAAAAUUGUUCUAUUUUCUUAUCUCUAAAUUAAACAAUUCUGUGAAAGCUUAAACAUCUCGAAGGAACGCUUUUAUAACUGUAUUGUUUUGUUUAUAUAAAAGUUAAUCCCCCUUUUAAGUACAUAUUUGCUUGGAAACACCAUAUGUCUCAAGAUCAUGGACGAUUUGAACAGCUGACGCAGCACAGAGCACAUUUUAUGAGAUUGCGCUGUAGGUCUUGAUUGUCUGCAUGGUCAAGUGGUUCUUCUGACCAAAGAAACUUAAAAAUGGACAUUUCUACAGAGCAAUGGUAGAUCUGGAUAUGGAAUGCACUGAAUGAUAUUAAAUUAUAUAUUGAUAAGUUUAUCAAUAUACACAGAGAAGAUAUAAUACAUCUAAAAUUUAAAUCACUUUACUUUAAAUCUUGUACUUUUAAUAAAUACUGGUGAUAGUUUUCUUUAAUUUAACGCUAUUGCAUUUUCUGAGAAAACCCAAUAUUGUUCAUUUUCAUGCACUGAAACUUUACAGAGCCAUCAUUUAGCUUUGCUGUAGAACUAGAGCUUUGUUGACAUUUUAAUAGCCACAUCUGGUAAAACAUUAAUGUCCAUGAAGUUCUACAGACUAUAGAGAGCUAACUGUUGGCUACACCUGUAGGAAAAACAUAUUAGCAUUUUGGUUUUCUUCCUGAACCUUGCAAUUCAUCUUCACUUUUCUUCUUUCUCUUUGUCGUUCAAUCUGUAGCCGUAUUAAAAGUAAUGUAGAUGGCCGGUACCUUAUGGAUAGUGUUCCAUUCAGCUGUUGCAAUCCAAGCUCUCCUCGGCCCUGCAUACAGGUCCAGAUUACCAAUAACUCGGCCCAUUACAGCUACAGCUACCAGACGGAUGAACUAAACAUCUGGGUGAGGGGUUGCAGAGAAGCACUGCUGAAUUACUACACAGGAAUCAUGGCAACCAAUAGUGCAGCUGUCUCCAUGUCUUUAAUUCUGCAGGUGAGUGAUGUCACUAGUGUUGCAUAAAUUAAACACAUUUCUGGAAACCCCACAGUCACCUGAGCUGUGUCCUCACAUGAUGGCCCAAGCCCAUGGUCCUUCAAACAGAUCUUGAAAAUUUAAUCUCUCUUACGUAGGUAAUUUACUGGUCUAUGAUGACUGUAGUUCCUAGGUGGUUUAUUUAAAUAACUCCCACUAAUUUUAGAGUGUUUUUUAAUUAUAUGGAGAAGAUGUAUAACAUAAACUAUUUGACAGACAAAAUAAAUGUUGACAGAUACAAGAGAUGAAGUGGGGCCUGCUCAAAAGAAAUUACAAUGUUCCACCAGCCUUAAAUGGACACUAUAAUCACCAAAACAACCUUAAUGAAACAAUUUUUAUUUAUAAAUCAUGUCACUGUAUUCUCACUGCUCAAUUAUCUUGCAUUUAGACGUUAAAUCACUUUGUUUAUCCAUCCCUAGUUACUCCUCCCUGCAUGUGACUCACACAGCCUCCCUAAACACUUCCUGUAAAGAGAGAUCUAAUGUUUACACAUUCUGUUUAAUUUAGAAUGUAUUAUCUUUUGCUAUGUUAUUAACCUUCUAGAGCCUGCAGGAGCCACCUAUGUGUGAUUUAAGUUCAAUUUACAGGGCAGGAUAUAAAAACCUCUACAGCAUUUGAUUGAAAAUGAAACCAUUAAUUAUGUAGGUGGUGUCAGUCACAGUCAGUUGAGAUGUUGCUAGUGCUGUGUAAACAGAAAAAAAAGUGAUUUUAAUUGCUAAAUGACAGAUAAUUGAGCAGUGAGACUGCAGGGGCAAGAGCUGUUGUUUUGUACACUCUAGUGUCCCUUAAAGGAUUGGUAGAGCACAGUGAUGGCUGGUAAAGUUUAAAGGCGAUGGGGCACUGCCACCCAUCCAUGAGAAACCAGCCAUAUCACCAGUCAUCAAUAAAGGGGUAAAGGAAACUGCAGAUAUAAUCAUGGCAUAGUCAUGUCUUUUCUAACACACACUUAUCAGUAGUCCUUGCCUUUAGCCUAAGUCUUGUGACACUCAUAAACUUACCUGCAUAUAUCAUGGGCAACAAUGCAGGUAAAGUCAUAGUGAUUUUACUUUCCCGAUACUACAAUUUUCAAUAUAUUGUACACAUCAAACUCUUCCUCCAAUAAAUAAAAUUCAUAAUAACAUCUACAUCAAUCUCAUCUCUGUAUGUAUUACUGUUAUCUGUCAUCCCCAAUACCAUCAUCUCAUUUUCCUUAAUCACCUCUAAGCUUGCCUUUCCCACGCCCAUAGUCUGAAUUUACUCGGUGACUACAACAUCCCUUUAUCAUCUCUAAAAUCUCAACAUUUUUCUUUAUCACAUGCUCAUUUGGUCUUUUUGCUUAUCUAUGCUCAACAACUUACGUCUUUAUGUGCCCGUCACCAAUCUUCAUAAAACCAACCCAACACCUCCUAGAAUAAAACUGAACUUUAUCAGUCUGUGACAAUACUUACUGGUCUACAGUUUGUCUCAUCCAUAUUAAAGAGAAUCUACAGUGCCGGGAAAACAAAGUCACACUAGUGACGGCUGGUCAAACUGACAAAAUUUGAGAGCGGUAGCUCCUCCUUUUGUUAAGUUUUGUCAAACGUAAGGAAUAUCCUAAAACGAAAUAGUCCUUACUUUGUCUUAGUAUAUCUUUUAACUGCGUUGGAAUUUUCAGGGAAAUUCCAACACAGUCAAUGUGAGUGUUUCGUAAAGCUUUUAUCUUUAUGAAAUACUCAUUUUGGAGGGAGUGGAAGAUGACAGAGCUGCUUUAACUCACAUCCUCAAUCUCUCUUUAUCUCUCCCCUUUGAUAUUUUCCCAGCUGUCCUCAAACAUUUAAAUAUUACUUCCAUGCUGUCCUAACAUUCCUGGAAUGAGGAAAGAGAAUACAAAUUUGUAUAGAGCCUUUGUCAACCCAACAGCUCUAGCUACCAUCCCCUAUUUUACUGCCUUUAACCACCAAGUGUUUUGUAUAUAAAUUACUGUCUAACUUUCUUGAUUUGUACUUCUCAAAACUUCCUGUCACUGAACUUUGCUCUAAGAAAUGUGACGCCAAUUUCAUCAAUGUAAAAUAUAAAAAUCAUGACUAUUUAUUAAUCUGUUGCUGCUUUCUACACUGCUAACCAGUUCAUUCUCUACCUUACCAACCUUGAUCUUUAUGACAUAUUUUUCCUCAUCUUUUCCCCAAAGCAUCCCCUUUUUAUUUUUACUUUAAACCAUAGGCGUGCGCACAGGGUGUGCCUGGGCACACCCUUAUCCCCGCGGCACGCCUAUGGAGUGAGACCGGCAGGGAAGAUCUUAGGAUCCGAGUGCCGGCUCUGCUCUAAGCCUCCCCUCACCGACCCACAGGCAGGGAGGGAGGCAGGAGACGACCCGGGGAGCUCUUGCCAGCAGCUCCACCAGGUUCCUCUCGCGAGAUCUGAGCGUUACCGUGGCAACGCUCAGAUCUCGCGAGAGUGAACUCUAGAACCACAGGCUAGAGUUCACUCUCCACUGGACCACCAGGGAAGGAUGGCAGCAGGAAUAAGGAUCCCCCCUUCCAGGCAUAAGGUAAGAAGGGAGGGGGGAUAUUAACUGAUCUGCCCCCACCUCCACUGUACCACCAGGGAAGGCAGGAAGGAAGGAUGCCCCCUCCCUACAUAAGGUAAGAAGGGAGGGGGGAUAUUUAUGAACUAAUCUGCCCCCACCUCCACCCCCACAAAUCACCCAAACAUACAGCACACAAACAGCACACACACACAUACAGCACGCACACAUACAGCACACACACACACAGCACCCACACACAUACAGCAAACAAACAGCACCCACACACACACAGCAUCCUCACACAUACAGCACCCACACGCACACAGCACCCACACAUACAGCACCCUCACACACAGCACCCUCACACAGCACACUAACAGCACCCUCACAAACACAAGCAGCACCCUCAUACACACACAGCACACAAACAGCACCCUCACACACACAGCACCCUCACACAGCACACUAACAGGACCCUAACAAACACACACACAGCACACUACCAGUACCCUCACGCACAAACAGCACUCACAAACGCUCACACACACACAAACAGCACCCUCACACACAGUACAUUAACAGCACCCUCACAAGCACCCUCACAAGCGCACACACACACACACACAAACACCCUCACCCUCAUAGCACACUACCAGCACCCUCACACACACAUCACACUAACAGCUCCCUCACACAGCACACACACACACACACACAGCAGUGUAUGUGUGUGUGUGUGUGUGUGUGUAUAUAUAUAUAUAUAUAUAUAUAUACGCAGCGUGUGCUUGUGCAAUAGUAUGGUAUGUCUUUUAGUAGCUGUACCUUUUUGAAUGAAAGCAGCACCAAUAUGUUAUGUCGCUUAAACUUUCCCUGAUCUCUCUCCUUCUCUCCUGGCUCUUGACACUUAAAGAGACCCUCCAGGAACCAAUACAACUUUAAUGCAUUUGGUAGAUUUUGGCCUAAUUAAUAUGCUGUAUUGUUUGCAUUCUCAAAUCUUUUUCGUUUUUGCAAAAACAAAAAAAUGUUUUGCAGAAUGCUGCACCAUAAGUCUGCAUCUAUAGCCAGAUAAAAUCAAUUGUAUGCUCUUGCCACCUGGAGGGACCUAGGGCUACAAAGCCCUACAUUUUGGGCUUUAGCCCCUAAAGCCACCCCUAACUAUGCCUAUACUGAUUACAAUCCAUAGCAUGUGUGUUAGUCAGACUUACAGCAGUCUAUUCCAUCUCACCUGGCACAGCUAGUUCCUGACGCAGUUUGUUUCAAUCUUAUUUCACAGCUCCUUCUCACGUUUCAUAAUUUUUAUAUAUUUAUAUUAUUUAUGCAUAGAGAUACUGCACACCUUCUUAGAAUAUUUUACUAACGGAUUGACUAUUUACCCCUGGAAGGUGCCAGAGCAUUCCUGGCAUCAAAACUACUAUAGCGGGCUGUAGUGGUUAUGGUGCUUGGAGUUUUCCUUUAAUACACCUGUAAUUCUGUCUUUCAUUAGUAAUGCCCUCUUCAGCCAGGAAAUGAAUGAUCACAUGGACACAAUUAUUCUUUUCAGUUAAUAUAACUCCGUAACUGCGUUUCUUGAUCCAUGUACUCUAUAUUUUAAAGAGAGCUACAUGACUUCUGUAAAUACAGUGUUACAGCAAGGAUUUCUUCCUAGGAAUGUAGGAGGAAGUGGGUUUGAAGCUAAUGUAUAGCAGGUAUUUUUUGUUUUCUUUUUUUACAACAAACGCAGGAUAUUUUUUUGCCAGACCAUAGGCCCUUAUUAAAUGCUUGUAACAGGAAAUCUAUAAUUAUUAGUGUUAAUAGCACUUUAUUUGCUCAUGAACAGCUUUAUGUGUGUGUGUGUCUUGCCACAUCGCUGGUAUUUUAUUAAAGGGACACAAUAAUCACCAAAACAACUUUAGCUUAAUGAAGCAGCUUUUAGAAAACAGAAGUCUUAAUGCUCAAUUCACUGUUAUUUAGGAGUUAAAUUAAUUUUGCAAGAGCUCCCCUGGCUGUGACUGACGCAGUCUGCAUGAAAACAAAAUGGUUUCACUUAGUUUUUAUCUUUUGCUCUGUAAAUUAAACUCUAAUCACAUGCAGGAAGCGCCUGCAAGGUCUAGCAAACUAUUAACAGUGCAGGAGAUAGAGAAUUCUAAAUUAAACAGAAUUUGCAAUAAAGGAAGUAUAAACAUUAGAUGACUCUUUACGUGAAGUGUUUAGGUAGACUAUAUAAGUCACACACAUGGAGGUGUUUCUAGAGAUGCAUAAAUAAAGUGAUUUAAUUCCUAAAUGGCAGAUAAAUGAGCAGUGGGGCUGCAAGGGCAUGGUCUGUACACCACAACUGCUUCAUUAAACUAAAGUUGUUUUGGUGACUAUAGUGUCUGUAGUGGACCUGCAAGGUGAAUACCAAAUAUCUCCGCUGGGAUCCUCUGGAGCUGAAAAGAAGCGCUGUUUGGUGAUUAUAGCCCAUUCCCCCAGUAACUGGAUGACACACAGUUCUGGGAGUCAACUGAUUUUAAUGAACCAAACUCUGCCUUUUAUGCACAGACCCCAGCAGGGGUUUCCAUUGUAUUCAACACAAUCCCCUCCCAGGAAUCUCUGGGCCUGGGAGACAGUUGCGUUAAAGACUGGUAAGCUAAUUAUCUCCCAGGAACAGAGAGCCCAAAACAAAAUCUAAAAAUAAAAAAGUACCCCAAAACAUAAUAAAAAUAUAAAAUAACCCCACAUAUUAUACAUCCCCAAAUAGCUCUGAUCUUAGAGCCCAUGUUCUACAAACCUAUGCUCAAAAUAGUUCCAGGGCAUUUGGUGCUUUUGCCGGUCAACUUUCGGGAGCUCCUGUGACCACAAUACAGGGUGCUCCACCUCGCUCUCAGGUAGCGUCUGUUCCCCUUAGUCUCAGGCACCAUCCCUCCAAACAGUGUUCUCCUGGCAGAUUUCAGUGGUUCAAAACCCCUGACCACGUUGUCCGGAAACCGCACGGUCACCUCAUGCCGAAAACAGUUCCAUAACAUUCGCGGCUAAGUCCCGCUAAGGUGACCAGGGACCCAUGAAGUCCUCAUGCCAAAAUUAGUUCCAUUGCGGUCGCGGCCAAGUACCGGUGAGGACCAUUCGUGGGUUUGGUUCAUACGAAUGGCCGCCAGGGAGCUAGAUUCCAUUCGAAUGAAGGGAAAGUGCUGAACCAUGGGCACCCAGGGAAAAAAAACCUGACCACGUUGUCCGGAAACCGCAUGGUCACCUCAUGCCGAAAACAGUUCCAUAACAUUCGUGGCUAAGUCCCGCUAAGGUGACCAGGGACCCACGAAGUCCUCAUGCCAAAAUUAGUUCCAUUGCGGUCGCGGCCAAGUACCGGUGAGGACCAUUCGUGGGUUUGGUUCAUACAAAUGGCCGCCAGGGAGCUAGAUUCCAUUUGCAUGAAGGGAAAGUGCUGAACCAUGGGCACCCAGGGAAAGCUGCUAAUGGCGGCUGCGCGGGGUAACUCCUGAAUGGUAUAACUAACCUGGACCAUAGUCGGUGGGCAGGAGGCCAGCUUCCACACUCCUCCAGGAGUUUGUGGCAAACUUUCAAGGGAAGGAGCGUUUGUCACAGUGUCCCUUUAAGUUAAAGCUCAAGCCUAUUGUAGAAAAUGUAUGUUGAUAGAAACUGUUUAAUAUAGAGGAGUAAACUAACAAAAUGCGGUACUAGCACUCAAUGAACCCAGUGGUGCUGGUAUAAGGGCACACACUCUAAAAGAUGUAUACAAAAACCCACCAAAAUAAUUAAUAUUGUUUCUUUAAGGUUUAUCUCAUUGGCAAUUUGUAAUAUAUAUGGAAGCAGUUAUCUGUAUGAUGUGAAAGUAUAUAUUGUAUAUAUCUUUGUGAGGCAAUUUAGGGGUUAAACCUGUUUUUUUUCGCAUGUUUUUCAGAUGUAUGAUAUGUAGAGGUUGGAUUUGGACCUUCUUGUUUCCAAAACUAUUUUGUUGGCGAACUUGUUUUUUCUUUUUUAUAAGGUGUCUCUAAUGCAAAUCUCACAUUUGCCAAGUAAUUAAAAUCUACUUAUGUCUUUGAGCAUUUAACACUUGUGAGUGCAGUAUUAUUUUGAUUUGUUUUUAAUAUAGAGGGUAGACAGGGACAUUAGAAAGGAGGCCAGGAGCUGUAGAGGAGGGGACAUAAGCUGUAGUGGAGGGCCGGGGCUGUACAGUGGGGCAAGGGCUGUAGAGUGGAGGACAGUGUCUGUAGAGGGGGAGACAAGGACUGUAGUUGGGGGACAGGGGCUGUAGAGUGGAGGACAGUGUCUGUAGAGGGGGAGACAAGGACUGUAGUUGGGGGACAGGGGCUGUAGUGGGUGGGGGGGCGGGGGACGACAACAGGUACGGCUUUAAAAAAAACCUUUCUGAUUAAAAAAAACAAGAAAAAAACUAAAGUAUAUUCCCCCCUCCCUGAGGCUCAACAUGGGCCAAUGAGGGGAGAAAUAUAAUCCCUGGCGGUUAGGUAGGACAAGACAGGAGCUGGAGGUAGAAUCUUGUCCGCUGGGGAGUCUGGUAGAAGAGCCGUGGAAGUCACGCCCUCCUCCUGACAUUAUUAGUAGUAGCCGGCUGACUUCACUGCUUCACAGUCACUUCACUUUACUGCUGUAUGCUGGCUGCAGGGAGAGUGUGAUAGGCUGCAGUGAUUUAGAAAAUUAGAGUCCCAGCCAGGUGCUCUGGCACACUAAGGCAUUCCCAUGCUAUGAAAGCUCAGGCUGCGCUUAGCCCUUCAUGAAUGAAGAAGGAUUAAUUCAUUAACAAUAAGCUAUAUAUGGACAUGAUUAAAUACUAUAAACAAUGUCCAGAUUUUGCAGGCCAACUGGCGAAGGGUUCGGCCCCAUUUUGACUUUAGUAAAUAACCCUGUAUCUGCGUUUGGGGAUAGUUCAGUGGUUAUUAUACCAGCUGCAGUUUCCUGGCUGGGCCAGAUUUGCAAAGGUCUAUAAAAUGAGUACUUCAAAUGAUAUCCCUUCUAGUUACAAAUGUACUCUUUUUGGUACAUUUAUGCAUGUUCAUAGUGUAGUUAUACAGACACAACUAUUGUAUAUUUGGGGAUUAAAACCAUCAAUAACCUGAAAUAUACUUUAAAGCAACACUUUACUCACUGUAAAACCUUUUAUCUAAUUGAAGUUUUUAUAGUGCUAGCACUUUGUCUUUGCAAAGUUUUACUUUAUUAGUUUGAAGGCACACCUCCAAACCCUCUAAAUAGAGAACUGCUAGUUAGCUCUCAAGCUCAGGAAUAAUGUGAUGUCACAUGGGAAAGCGCAACGCUGUCAUAGCAUUUAAUGGAUUGGACCGUCAUCUUGGGGGAACACCUCCAGGAUGAUAUCAUGUAAGGAGGAGUGGACAACAGUGUUCAUUUUGGUGGCAAAUUUUAGUUUAGUUUUGGCGUAGUCUUUUAACUAAAAAGCCAUAUUAGUUUUAGUCGUAUUUUAGUCAUCUUAAUUGUUUUAGUGUUAGUCUAGUUUUAGUUGACUAAAUCGCCAGUCGAUUUUAGUCGACACUACUAAAAUAUAAUAGGUUAAGUUAAAGGGAAACUCCAGUGCCAGGAAAACAAUCCAUUUUCCUGGCACUGCAGGUCCCCUCUCCCUCUCACCCCCCCCAAUCCUCGGUUGCUGAAGGGGUGAAAACCCCUUCAGUGACUUAACAGAGGCAGCGACAUGUCCCAGGUCGCUGCUUCUUCCUCUGCCGCCGCUCGUCCUCUGUAUUACGUCGGCCGGUGGGCGAGACUGAUCCCGCCCACCGGCAGGGGAGACCUAAUGCGCAUGCGCGGCAAUGCCUUGCAUGCGCAUUAGAGCUCCCCAUAGGAAAGCAUUGAAAAUGCUUUUCAAUGCUUUCCUAUGGGGAAUUGAGCGACGCUGGAGGUCCUCACACAGCGUGAGGACGUCCAGCGACGCUCUAGCACAGGUUUUCUGUGCUAUGAUGCAUGAAGUGCCCUCUAGUGACUGUCUAGUAGAUAUCCACUAGAGGUGGAGUUAACCCUGCAAAGUAAUUAUUGGUUUAUAAAAAACUGCAAUAAUUACACUUGCAGGGUUGAGUAGUAGGAGUUGGCACCCAGACCACUCCAAUGGGCAGAAGUGGUCUGGGUGCCUGGAGUGUCCCUUUAAAGCCCCUAUCUGUCUCUUUUGCCCCUUCCCCAGCCCUCUGUGUCUUCCCCUAGCCCCUUUGGAUGUCUCCCCCUCCAAGCUACUAUCUGUCUCUUUUGCCCCUUCCCCAGCCCGUGUGUCUCUUUCCCUCCAUAGCCCCAUUUGUGGGUCUCUUCCCCCAGCGCCUUAUCUCAUUCUCCCCAGCCCAUACAUGUCGCUUUGUUCCCCCUUCCCAGCCCCUCUAUGUAUUUCAUCUCCCCCAGGUGUCUCAAUUCCUCCCACAGCCCCUCCACGUUUCAUCCCCCCCCAAGUGCUCAUUUACCACCCAGUCUCUGCAUGUCUCAUUUGCCCAGCCCCUCAUGUGUCUUAUGCCCCUAGCCCCCCCAUGUGUCUCAAUCCCCCAUGUAUUUUAAUCCACCAGCCCCCAUGUGCUUCAUUUCCUCUCCCCCCCCCCACGUGUCUUACUCUCCAGUGUUCAUUUUGGUGGCAAAUUUCAAUUUAGUUUUAGUCAGUCUUUUGACUAAAAAGCCAUUUUAGUUUUAGUCAUGUUUUUGUCAUCUGAUUUGUUUUAGUCUACUAAAUCUCGACUAAAAUCUGACUGAAAUUGUUAGUCGACAAAAUUAACACUGGUGGGCAAGAGAGACUGGGUGAUAAUUGCUCUUCUGGCGAGUGUCUUAAAGGAACACUAUAGGGUAAAGAACACAAACAUGUAUUACUGACCUUAUAUUGUUGAAACCACCAUCUAGCCCCCUAUAGUAAAAUCUUACUUUUGAUCCAGUCUGCUGCUGCUUGCUCUGCCUGCUCGGCUGACAUCAUCGCAAAAUGCCUGAAUGUAAUGAUUGUACUCAGCAGAACAAAUGCAUUAAGCUGUAGUUGUUCUGGUUACUAUAGUGUCCCUUUAAGUUUAAUCUACAUUGUAUACACUACAAUGUAGUGUAUUGUUUGUAUGCACUUAUUUGCUGCUUGCACUUAUUGUGUUUUUUUGUGUACUGUUGAUUUGUAUACACUAGAUCUACACUUACUUGAAGGUAAACUUGUAAUCUACAUAAUUUGUGGAUGGAAGAUGUACUUGGUAUAGUUAUAUAUAAAUAAUAAACUUAUACAGAGGUAGCCCAGCUUCAUAUAACAUCAUAUGAAGGCAUCGCUAAUGGGAUCAAUACAAAACUCAGAAUUUCACUGAAUGAUUGCAUCUUCUGCUCCCUUGCAGGUCUCGGUUCUGGUCAGUCUGCGAUACCUUCAGACCUCUAUGGAUAAGAUCACUGGUGUGGAGGACAUGGAAACAGAUUCAGAAGGAUUCCUUCUGGAGAAGGGAGUGGGAGAGACCCUUAAUAGCACAAUAGAGAAAACAAAAGCCCUUUUCAAAUCCAGUCAGGUGGAGACAGAGGGGGGAGGGGAAGCUGGUGGCAGAUAGAGGUCGGAAUAAAGGUUUAAGUUAAGGGGGGUAUAGAGACUUUAGAGAUAUUCCAAGGCUGCUUGUAUAUUAAGUACCUGCCCUCUAUAACCAAGAAACUGCUGUGCGUUAUCCCUAUGUGUCUGCCCUAAACACGUAUGAGAGGGAGGACUGUCUAUAGAAGGUGGUGGUACACCCAAAUGUAGCUUCCAUAAUGUAGAUUAAGCAGAGACAUGAAUAAAAAAAGAGAUACUGUUUCAAGUGUGUGUUGUACAGUGGGGAGGAUGGGAUAGGAAAGAUACCCGGGAUGUAUUAAGAUGAAACACACACAAAGGAAGAAGUACAAUGACAUACACAGACAUGGCUGUACAGACUGUGCAAUGCACAGACAAUGAAACCAGUUUUACAAUAACCCCGCUUUAAAUUGGUGUGUCUUCAAUGUAAACAUAUUUAAUAAUGAAUACAGUUGUCACAGUUUGUUUAUUCAUUUGAUACACCUCAGGCUCCAUAUAAAUAACCCUGAAUUAAAUAAUGGAAUACCAUGAACACAAUUUCAUAAAAUAAACCCUUCCAAUCCCCGAAAUAAUAAUGUAGUAUCAAUGUAGUAACUUAAUCCCCAUGUACUAAAGUUUCUCUUCUCCAUAAUAUCAUGCCUUGACAGCACAGAAAAUAAAUGGAGUGCGUAACAAGGAACUUUCUAUGUGAAGAAACCCACCCUAUUGUCCUCAUAUUUAAUUGACUUCCAUAAUAAAAUGACAUAUGUACAUCUGACCUCUAUGUUAAGGUCAUGCUAUUCUGUUGUAUUUUGCUGGCCUCUACCAAGACCAUAACAUUUUAAUUAAGGAUUUUUAAUACGUGCAAGUCUGACCAAUGUAUUAUGGCUUUAUUACUUCUCAGACGUGACCUGUAAUUCAUAGACUGACUUCUGCAGUGUGGUUGAUUGGGUGCUGUCAUCACUAUUUCACAAGUGGGAUUGUACCUAUUCAUAGUCAGUACAUUUCGAACCAAUAUCUGUGAAAAGAUCACCCAAGUCUAAACUCUCCUUCAGGUCACCGCUAGUUAUUUGGUCCUUACAGUCACAUUGAAUUACUUUAUCAAUACUGCAAUGACUCUGAGUACUAGAGAGACACUUAAUACUGCAUAAUUCUAUGUGUAGCACAGAUAGGAAGGGAUAAAAGGGAGCACUUGCACGAACUACUGUGGAAAUAAUGCCCUAAGACUAACCCCAAGUCGGUUUUUCUUGUGCAAGGACUAGCUACAAACAAUGGCACAAUUCAGAAAUCCUAGUUUUUUCCAAUGUGAGGUUGAGAAACCCAUUUGCUACAGAAGUUGAAAUGGGGUAACUCUGCUUUGGAGCUGUCUUGGGUGAGAGCUCUGCAAUAAAACAUACAAUGUACACUGGUGACUGACCCAUUUGACUAGGUGCACAAUUGUCCAUGAACUAUUUUUAACUGAAAUCAGAGGUGAUGUGAUUGAAGAUCAUCAAUGUACAUUAGCACCUGACCUGACCUCAGUGUUAAGGUAAUAUCUGUACAGUAGGGUUUGACCUCAGUGUUAAGGUAAUAUCUGUACAGUAGGGUUUGACCUCAGUGUUAAGGUAAUAUCUGUACAGUAGGGUUUGACCUCAGUGUUAAGGUAAUAUCUGUACAGUAGGGUUUGACCUCAGUGUUAAGGUAAUAUCUGUACAGUAGGGUCUGCACUACGAUCAUGCCGGCACAUUGGGGUCUGGCUUUUAUAUGAAGAUGAUAUCUGCACAUUAGAUUCUGAAUUAAGAUCACACAAGUACAUUGGGGUCUGAUCCUCUUCCUAGUUUCUCCAGCGCUUCUUCCUGUUUGAGCUUUGGUUUUUCGGUUCUUGUGUGCCAGACCCAAAUCUGUGGAGGAGAGAACAAUACAAGAGUUACACGACAAGACAAGCAAGAGUAAAGAUUUUAUUAUAUAUAUGGUGUUGGUUUCGGAAAAGCAUAAACAUAUCCUAGAAAAUAAAAAAAUGAAUGGCAGAUGAGGAUAACACAACCUGUUUAGAGGUGGGAGGUGAUUCUAUAAAACAUUACAGUAAAUUGCUAACUCUUCAUUUUACCCUAGAACCACCAUGCUUGUUUUGUUUUCAUGAUAAAUCAGCACUGAGACCAUUUGUAUAAUUAAUACUUAUUUUCUUACAUGAUGGGCAUAUGUGGAAAGGGUUUCUGCCCAAGACUGUCCAAGUAUAUGCCAAUAAAUGAUUAAAUGCUCACCAAAUAAACAAUUUAGUUGCUUGAAUGUGAGUGUGCAAUUUACAUGGUCUACUCAAAUUCAC